AUGGUGCAGAUCAGCUGUGUCCGAUUGACCGCGGAAGGCAAGGUGGAGCCUGCAGCUUUUGAGUACGAAGGGGACCGCCUCACAGACAGGGACUUUGAUGAAGCCCUGCUCAGCAAGCUGCGGGUGGACUUGUUCUUCUCUGGGACUCGGCCAAUGCCUGUCCGGGACCUUGAAGGCUUUCAGAAGGUCUUCGUGCGGCAAUCGGAUGUGGUCAGCGAGUUCAUCAUGCUGACCCUGAGUCUGACCGGGGAGGGCCGUGUCCGCAUGGGCUUUCAGAAAAAUGAAGCAGGCUAUGAGCUGAUCUCCCCGCAAGCGUGGCUCAGGAUCAAACUGACUUGCCUUCUGGGCCCUGUUGUGAUUCUCAAGAACCCAAGGUUCACUGUGCUGAAGACAGGUCGACCCCAGGAUCUGAGCGUCGCCCAAUUCUGGGCGUUCGCUGGCCGACUGCCGGACUUCCGCAGGCUCUGUGUAUGCGAGCGCCCGCGUCUGGAGCAGUUCGUGCCCGUGCCCGCGCCAAUCCAGCCAGGCCCAGCCCGGCGCCCCCGCACGGAAAGCCAGCCCGGCAGGGCGCGGCCGAAGGCGGAAGCCAGGAUUGCCAGAACCACCAGGAAGUGGGAGGGACUGGAUGUGGCUGUGCCUGGCACGAAGCCGGAGAUCCCCAAGCCGUUCUGCUCCGGCCCGCCCGGACUGAUCCGGAUGGAUACCCUUGAGCGGGCACCCAAGGCAGGCGAGGCGCCUGACAGCGAUUUGCGCUCACCAAGCCGCAUCUCGACAGCGGCGUCGGCUUCAAGCGUCGACACUCCACCGCUCGACUGGACUUGCGACCGCGUUGCGGGAUGGUUGGACAGCCUGGAUGGGUGCAGCAGGUAUAUCCGCCAGUUCCAGGAGAAUUUGAUUGACGGCCGAACUUUGAGCAGCUUGACGCUGGAAGAGCUCAAGGGUGACCUGGGGGUGAAGGAGCUCGGCCCACGCAAGGUCAUCCAUCGGGCAAUUCAGCAACUGUUCCAGGAGUGAAUUAGCGUUUAGCAUUUCCUCCUUGCUCCAUGCGGUGAGGGGCUGUGACAGUUUUGUUUGCCGCUUGCGAGACUAGUAAGUGUCAAACAGGGCAAGACUUUUGGCAGGGCCCAUGAUGCUUUCCACGCAAGCGCAGUGCGG